AUGAAUGAGGAGCCGUCGUCCCAGUGGUUUGGAGGUGAAAAUACUAUUUAAAGACUCUGUAUUUGCAUUAAAAUGAACAACCAGGGUUUUUUGCCAGGUACUUGAGUAACCGUUGAACGACAUUUCAUCUCACUGUUGGGUUUCUUUGGACGCUCCCUUUUCUGCUCCUCAUGCUUUAUGCUCUGAAGACUCCCUUGGACUACUCAAGGCAAAUGCCCUUAGUUGUGACAUUACUCACAAAACCAUACAAACUUUGUUUAUAUCAUUAAUUAAAUUCUCCUGUAGGAAUUCAGGCCCAUCAUCUGUUUUAACGUCACACCUCUCCCACAUUUUAUACCAAGUUAAAAGGGCCAUCAUAUCACUCCGUUCUGCUUAAACAUACACAAGCCACCAUGUCCUCCAUCCUUCCCUUUACUCCUCCUGUCGUGAAACGCCUCUUGGGAUGGAAGAAGACUCCAGCAGGGAGUGGAGGAGCAGGAGGUGGAAUUGGUGGAGUAGGGGAACAGAAUGGUGGAGGGCAGGAGGAGAAAUGGUGUGAAAAGGCUGUGAAAAGCCUGGUGAAGAAGCUGAAGAAGACAGGGCAGCUGGAUGAGCUGGAGAAAGCCAUCAGCACGCAGAACAGCAACACAAAGUGUGUCACCAUACCCAGCAAUUGCUCAGACCUUUGGGGUCUAGGCUCAGGCCACACGAUAGAGCAGUGGGACUCUGCAGGCAUGUACGGAUACCCAGACCAUGGCAGGUCACUGGACGGGCGUCUUCAGGUGUCUCAUCGUAAGGGCCUGCCUCACGUCAUCUACUGCCGACUGUGGAGAUGGCCUGACCUUCACAGCCAUCAUGAGCUGAGGGCCAUUGACACGUGCCAGUAUGCAUUUAACCUCAAGAAGGAUGAAGUGUGUGUCAAUCCCUACCAUUACCAGAGAGUGGAGACGCCUGUGUUGCCUCCAGUGUUGGUGCCGCGCCAUCCAGAGAUUCUGACGGAGCUUCCACCUCUAGACGACUUUACAAACUCCAUCCCUGAAAACACCAACUUCCCUGCGGGCAUAGAUCCUCCUAAUAACUAUAUACCAGACACUCCUCCACCUGGCUACAUGAGUGAAGAUGGUGAAACCAGUGACCAGCAAAUGAAUCAAAGUAUGGAAUCAGGCUCACCAGCAGAAAUGUCACCAAGCACCCUGUCACCUGUCAGUCAUAGCCUGGACCUUCAACCAGUCACGUACAGUGAACCAGCUUUUUGGUGCUCUAUAGCCUAUUAUGAGUUGAACCAGCGAGUCGGAGAGACGUUCCAUGCCUCCCAGCCAUCUCUGACUGUCGACGGUUUCACUGAUCCUUCCAACUCUGAGCGCUUCUGCUUAGGGCUUCUCAGCAAUGUUAACAGAAAUGCAACUGUUGAAAUGACAAGGAGACAUAUAGGACGCGGUGUCAGGUUGUAUUACAUCGGUGGGGAGGUCUUUGCCGAGUGCCUCAGCGACAGUGCCAUUUUUGUCCAGAGUCCAAACUGCAACCAGCGCUAUGGCUGGCACCCUGCCACAGUCUGCAAGAUACCACCAGGAUGUAAUCUAAAGAUUUUCAACAACCAGGAGUUUGCAGCUCUAUUGGCCCAGUCAGUCAAUCAGGGGUUUGAGGCAGUGUACCAGCUAACCAGAAUGUGUACAAUCAGAAUGAGCUUCGUCAAGGGCUGGGGAGCAGAGUACAGACGUCAGACGGUAACCAGCACCCCCUGUUGGAUUGAGCUGCAUCUCAAUGGCCCCCUCCAGUGGUUGGAUAAGGUUUUGACCCAAAUGGGUUCACCAUCGGUGCGCUGCUCCAGUAUGUCUUAAACAGGGUUCCACGUAAAAGUGAGACUGACAUUUCACAACAUUUAAACUGUUUAUCCUAAACGAAGCCACCAUGCAGUCUUAAACAACAUACUAGCAACAUUUUCAAAACAAAACAAAGAAAAUAUAUUCUCUACAGCAAGCAUUGGGGACAAGAAAAUGGCAUCACCAAUAGACUAUGAUGGAAUAUUAACAGUGACCUGGUCCCCUGACCUGAAUACCCCCCUUUUGCUCUGUUGGAUCAACAUCAGAUCAACUUUGUAGUUGUCAUCAACUUAAUGAUUGAAAUCAACAUGCAAUAUUUAAAUGAUGAAAGUGAUGUCAUUAUGGACUAGCCGGGCUCAGAUCAAAAACCCGAGGCAGGACGGAGCCUUCCUGCCCCUCUCAGUGACACAGCAGCAGUUUUUGAGAUCGAGCAUGUGACCUAAUUAUUUUAGCUCAAUUUGUCCAACCACUAGUUCAGCUUGACUCUUCACUACCUACUUUCCACAGCAAAACUUUGAUUCAGUGUUCAAAUUUCUGUUUACACAAGGCUGACUAACGGUAGUACUGCCGCUCCAGGCUUAUGUUUAACCAAAGUAACUUCAUGCCUGGGUACGACUUUAUUAUUAUUAUUGUUAUUAUUAUUAUUAUUCCUGGUUUCGGUGACCAAACAUCCAUUCCAUCUUUGCGAUGUUCCUCCUCCUCGCUCAGCCAUUUGUGUGGUGCUGUGGUCUAGAUUGAACUGGAGGGGACUGCAUGGUCUUACACUCUUAUAUAACAAAUCAAAUCUACUCCAUGUUCACAUCUUUACGAGCAAACAGAUUUUAUGUAAACAAAAAUAAAAAUAAUUUUCACAGUAUACUUAAUGCAAGUUGAACCUAUUCAAAGAUGUGGUGGAUAAUGGCUGAAACAAACUCUAUUUUUUUCUCACUCAUGAGAAGUUUUCAUUUUAAUGUUUGAUCAGUGACUACUGUGCGCACAUACACACCAAAAUUAUGAACUUCUCAGAACAAGAUGAAGAGCAUCCAACAUUUCAUCCCUCUAGAACUUCCCUAUAUCCGGUUUGAAUAAUGACAAUGCAUCACUCACAGAUAAAUCUGUUCUUUUAUUGUUUUUAAAGCCUAAGAUUUUAGUUUUACUGUGCUUCACCUUCCUGUGAGACUCUUCCUCUUGGUCAUUACAGGAAAUUUGUGUAGGGUUUGGAGAUGUACAGGAUUAGGGCUAAACUACUUCUGGGUGACAGACUGUAAUACUUGUCACUGCAAUUACUCAUCUGUUAUUAAAAAAAAUGCACAAGUCUCUUAGACCAAUGCACAGCUCUCCAGUUAUUGUCAAUUUAUCGAUGGGGAAAAGUCCUGCAGCACAGGACUUUAAUUUAUAAAAUGACUUCUAUCUUUUACUUGCACUGCCCCAAAUAAUGCCCCCUAUGAUUAAGUUGCCUUUGAUGUAAAAUACAAUAUGUUCUGAAUUGUGCAGAGAGGAAUGUUUAAAAAGCCCAUUUGAAGUUAAGAUAAUUCUCCAUUUUUGUGUUCACUGUAAAGAUUUUUCUUCUUAAAUUUUGUUUUUCAGCUUGUUAAAGAGUGUGAUUCAUUUUGAUUUUUUUAUGCAAUUUCUGCUCUUUAAACCAGCUUGUACAUUGGUAUUUUACAACAAAGUGCUAAAGCUUUAAGUGUUAAUCUAGUUAUACUUCACAUUUAUUUUCUUUACACAAUGUUUUAGCUACAUUUUUGUAUUUUAAUGCAUUUUUAUAUAUGAAAUAUAUUUAAAUCUUCAAAGCUUUCUUCCUUUUUUAUUAGGAUUGUCUUUUUUUUCUUUUUUUUAAAGAGCGUCCUGUCAUUGAAAUGAUUACAGCUUGAUUGAUGACCUGUGAUGUGUAUGUAGCAUAGGAUAUCAAAAUAUCACAGAAUUUACAACUGGAAACUUUCAUAAUUGUGUGCUUAUGUCUGAGGAGUUAUCCCAAUGAUCUGCAUUUUAUCAAAGCCUGAAUUGGCUAUUGAAAUAAUAGAAGUAGUUGAAACAACUAACUAUAAUAUCAGCUGUUAUUAAAAUAUGUAGAUGAAAGAAGUAGUUUCUUGCUUUUAAUGACACCAAUUGUUCAUCUACAGGGAAGUGACCAAAGACUCAACACCUACUUAAUUUUAUUGGUCUAAUUUUAAAUUCAGAUAUUGUCAGUGUACUCUUAAAGUUUGGGGUUCUUGAUUAAAAACUUAGCAAAUUUUAUGAAUGGGGUGAGGUAUUCAUGAUAUUGGGAUACAGUAAUACAGUCUUGUCUUUUUUGUAUCACAGUAGUUUGUAUUUAUUCAGAUAACUUUAUGGAGGUACAAAUUGUUGAAUUCUGUUUCAGGACGUUCUAGUUUCUGUAAAAGCUGCAGCUAAUUUCAGUAAUGCAGCUGUUUAUAACUCACAUUGGUGGGUGUGUUUACAUGCACACAUCUCAUCAGAAAUCUAACUACUCUAAAGGUAUUUCUCACGUGUGGGUCAAAAUUCAAUCACAAAACAUUACUAUGAUUUGUGUAUUGUAAAUACAAAGAAUUUUGUGUGACUAGGUCUAAACUUGCCUUACUUUGACUUGUGCUAUCCCACAGCUAACAGCAGUUGAUGGUGUGCAUGUAAACACAUGAAUAUUUUCUGUUUUCUUUAUUAAGAUUAAAGAUUUCCUUUUGAGGGUGGAGACUUGACGGCAUCACGCUCAAAGGAGGGAGUUUUUGGCAUGUAGGAAAACUCGAAAACAACUGUAGUUCUGCAGAAUAGACGUUCUUAAUGUUUAACCAAGGUUCAUCAUAGCAAAUCCUUUCAUGUAGCUAGUACUCAACCUGAAACCAGUCAGUCAGUUGCUGUGAUUGUUCUGUUUCUGUCUCUGUGUAAUGUUUUCCAUUUGACAACUUGUGUUUUUGCUGGUCUUUAUUUUUCCCUCAUUUAUUGGGGAAGAAAGUUUGACUUCUACUACAGUUCAACCAAUGUUUUUCAAGCUGAAACGAAAAUGUAGUAUUUCUUUUUGUGUUUUAUUGCUAACUCUCACUUGUUCUAUGCAUUGACAUCAAAUUGUGUGGACAACAGUCCCUUCUUAAAAAAAUCUCCAUAGUGUCUUUGCUGAUGGUUAAACAUAUGUUUUCUUUUUUGUGCAAAAUGCCAGGACCCAGCAAACGCCUUUGCAUCUUUUUUUUUUUCUUCUUCUUUCUUUAAAUGAGUGCCACCUAAGAUUGUACCAUAAAGACCAACUGGCUCUUCUUACCUUCAUAAGGAAGGUGGAACCAAAUGAGGUUUCAUGAAGGACACUUCAAACCUAUUCUGAGGUCUGCAUUCCUGCGUACAGAUCAUAUUAUAUAUUUUUUUCUUAUUGUGAUGACAAUUGUGUAUUCCAAACUAAGUCUCUUUCUAGGGAAUUGCUUAGGAAGUGACCUCCUGGACCAAGUGAAGUUCCUACAUGUCACUAGUGAUGUUAUGAUGUUAUAUAGGUGUACUUUUCUUUAUUUUUUCCAUAUAUGUUGUUCCUUCUGCUUGCUAUAAACGGAACAUAUUCACUAGACAACAAUCUGUUAGUAGUUCUGUGUUCUUCAAACACCAGUUUUCAUAGGCUUUCCAGCUAUCCUACAUUUACGACUUCUUACAGUGUACACUAAUAAAGCUGUUUUAAUUCA